CCGGAGGCUCGCCUUGCGCCUGCGCCCUGCGGCGCGCGCUUUGUUGGGAGAAGGAGGGGGCGAGGUCUAGCGAAGCCGGUCCGCUGAGGCGCUACGGGCGGGGCUGAGGAUGGAGGUGACUGCGUUCGCGGCGACGGUUGGGGCUGCGCGCGAGGCGGCAGCGGAGUAGGCGGUGGAGAUACGGGCAUGGCGGGGCGGCCCCUCGGUGCUCCCUAGGCGCCGGAGCCAUGGGCGCUCUCAGCAGCCGGGUGCUGCGGCCCGCAGGGCGCACAGAGCAGCCCGAACCCACGCCCGGGGCUGGGGGCGCGGCCCGCAGGUCGGACGCCGGCGAAGAUGCGGGCCACAGCUUCUGUUACUGUCCGGGCGGCCGCAAGCGCAAGCGCAGCAGCGGCACAUUCUGCUACUGUCACCCCGACUCCGAGACAGACGACGACGAGGACGAGGGCGACGAGCAGCAGAGGCUGCUGAACACGCCGCGCAGGAAAAAAUUAAAGAGCACAUCAAAAUACAUCUACCAAACGCUGUUUUUGAAUGGUGAAAACAGUGACAUUAAGAUCUGUGCUCUAGGUGAAGAGUGGAGCUUACACAAAAUCUACUUAUGUCAAUCUGGCUACUUUUCUAGUAUGUUCAGUGGUUCUUGGAAAGAAUCCAGCAUGAAUAUUAUUGAACUGGAGAUUCCUGACCAGAACAUUGAUAUAGAAGCACUGCAGGUCGCAUUUGGAUCACUGUAUCGAGAUGACGUCUUAAUAAAGCCCAGCAGGGUCGUUGCCAUUUUGGCAGCAGCUUGCAUGCUGCAAUUGGAUGGUUUGAUACAGCAGUGCGGUGAGACAAUGAAGGAGACCAUCUCUGUGAGAACUGUGUGUGGCUAUUACACAUCGGCAGGGACCUAUGGACUAGACUCUGUAAAGAAAAAAUUGUGAGUAAGACCUUGGUGAGUUAGCAGUUUCGGACACAUCAGCUAACCCUGCUUUGACCCCAGGUGCCUCGAGUGGCUGCUGAACAACCUCAUGACUCACCAGAGUGUGGAGCUUUUCAAAGAACUCAGUAUAAACGUCAUGAAACAGCUCAUUGGUUCGUCUAACUUAUUUGUGAUGCAAGUGGAGAUGGAUGUAUAUACAGCUCUUAAAAAGUGGAUGUUCCUUCAGCUGGUGCCUUCCUGGAAUGGGUCUUUAAAGCAGCUUUUGACAGAAACAGAUGUCUGGUUUUCAAAGUGGAAAAAAGACUUUGAAGGGACGACUUUCCUUGAAACUGAGCAGGGAAAACCAUUUGCGCCCGUGUUCAGACAUUUAAGGCUACAGUACAUUAUCAGUGAUCUGGCUUCUGCAAGGAUCAUUGAGCAGGAUUCUCUGGUACCUUCAGAAUGGCUGGCGGCAGUGUAUAAACAGCAGUGGCUGGCUAUGCUACGGGCUGAACAAGACAGUGAAGUGGGGCCUCAAGAAAUCAAUAAAGAAGAACUUGAGGGAAACAGCAUGAGGUGUGGUCGAAAGCUUGCCAAAGAUGGUGAGUACUGCUGGCGCUGGACAGGCUUCAAUUUCGGCUUUGACCUCCUUGUGACUUACACCAAUCGAUACAUCAUUUUCAAACGCAAUACGCUGAACCAGCCAUGUAGUGGAUCUGUCAGCUUACAGCCUCGAAGGAGCAUAGCAUUUAGAUUGCGCUUGGCUUCUUUUGACAGUAGUGGGAAACUCAUAUGCAGUAGAGCAACUGGCUACCAAAUACUGACGCUUGAAAAAGACCAGGAGCAAGUGGUGAUGAACUUGGACAGCAGACUUCUGAUCUUCCCUCUGUACAUCUGCUGUAACUUCUUGUAUAUAUCACCAGAAAAAAGAACUGAGAGUAAUCGUCACCCAGAAAACCCAGGACACUGAGGCACUCAUCAGUGGCCAGUUUUAACUUAAUGACCUACUGCGUUCACGUCCAAGGUGACUAACAGUGACCGGCCUUAUGAACUGUGGGACCCUGGAGAUGUCCUCACCCUCAUUACAUUUCUAUGCACAUAUGAAAAAGUUUUUUAAAACUGAGAAAGCAUCUGUCAAACCAUGUUAAAAGGAUAUCAACUCUUGCUUUAAUUUAGUAGCAGUAAAAAUUGCUGUAGGUAAAUUUCUCAUUUCUUUGCAACAAGAUAUAGAUUUAAUUUUGAGCUUGAAUUUCGAUCCUAUCUAAUGUUAGUGAGUUUACUCAUCUGUAAAUGUGUUCCUGUUUUGUUAAGAGAAUGCUAAGGACGGAGUUUAAGUGGCCAAUCAUAAAUGCUCUUUCAAUUGGUGCCUUUAAAGCUGUCCUUUCAUUUGUUCAGCCACCUGGUGAAGUCUUGUGUUCAGUUGAGAUCCUUUCCAGAAUCUUCUUCGUUUUAGCCAUCAGAUCCCUUGUCAUGGUUUGGGAGAUUAAGCUUAAGAGUUGGUUUUGUUUCGUUUUUCUUUUUUCUUUUUUUAUUCUAAAUAUAAGCAUUUUCAUAUUUUUUUAAACUUUAACUUUCCUACAGUUUUAAAUGACAACAAGAAUCAGCUUGAGGACUUGAAAUAAACUUGAAUAAGGGAAAUCAGUUUGAUUCUGAGGAUAUUCCUUCGCCUUACGUGCAUGGUCUUGUCUGGCAUUCUGUGUACUCUUAUGUUAUGAAUUAUUUAUGUACAGAUACAUCGUCACACAUUUUCAUAUUCUCUGAUAGUUGGAAUUUAUGUCAAAUUUUAGUUGGGAAUCUUGUUUCCUAUUAAGCUCAGGACUUUAUACCCUCUGAACUGAGUGCCUUUGAGUCACAUACAUAAGUAGAUUUCAUGGUGAAUGUACAGGGGGAGCUGGGAACAAAACAGUCGUGUUAGAACAACUUACCUUGUCAAGAAUAAGAUGUAUGCUCAUCCCGAUCUGUAUGUGUUGGUCCCUUGUGUUUAUUGCUAUUGAAAAUAGCCUGGAUCAUUGUCCUCCAGUCAGAGUAAGUGUUUUUGUGGUUGAUGUAUGUUUUUAGUAUUUUUUUAAAUUGGAAUCAUUUUUAUGUAUCUGUUCAAAUAAUAAAUGCUCAUUUGGAAAAGGAA